GCAGUCGGCCGCGCCCCGCUCCGCCGGCAUGCGCUGACCUGUUGCUCCCUGGCCCCGGACAUGGCGGCCGCCUCGGCCGGACGCCGGCCGCAGCUGCUCUGGAUCGGCCUGCUGGCCCUGCUGCCGCCAGGGACUCACCAGGGCAAGAACGAGCGGCGAAUACUGGAAAACGUGAUGAAGAACUACAACACGUUGGAGCGGCCGGUGGCGAACGAGUCGUUGCCGAUCACGGUGAAGUUCGGGUUGACACUGCAGCAGAUCCUGGACGUGGACGAAAAGAAUCAGAUUCUAACGUCCAAUAAUUGGUUGAACUUGGAAUGGAUGGACUACAACCUACAAUGGGAUCCAGAGGACCACGGCGGUGUGCAUGACCUCCAUAUCCACCCCAAGUAUUUAUGGAAGCCAGACGUUCUAAUGUAUAACAGUGCUGAUGAGAAGUUCGAUGGCACAUAUCCCACGAACGUCGUGGUGGACCACAACGGCAGCUGCCUGUUUGUACCUCCUGGGAUAUUCAAGUCCACCUGCAAAAUAGACAUAACGUGGUUCCCGUUCGACGAGCAGCGCUGCGACAUGAAGUUCGGCUCCUGGACGUACGACGGCUGGCAGCUGGACCUAGUUCUGAAAGAAAAAGAAGGCGACACAUCAACGUUUAUCAGCAACGGCGAGUGGGAUCUCCUAGGUCUGCCGGGGAAGAGGAACGUCAAAGUGUACGAUUGCUGCCCUACGCCAUAUGUGGACAUCACGUUCACCAUCAAAAUCCGACGGAGAACGCUUUACUAUUUCUCCACCCUCAUCAUCCCUUGUGUCCUCAUAUCUUCCAUGGCCCUCCUGGGCUUUACUCUCCCGCCUGACUCCGGGGAGAAGUUGACGUUAGAGGUGACAAUUCUGCUUUCUCUGACGUUCUUCCUAAACAUCACCACCGAAAUGAUGCCAGAAACCUCAGAGGCAGUGCCCCUUAUAGGGGUGACGAUUCUGCUCUCUCUGACCGUGUUCUUGAACCUGGUCGCUGCCAUGAUGCCAAACACCAGUGACGCAGUGCCUCUCAUAGGGACGUACUUCAACUGCAUCAUGUUCAUGGUUGCAUCCUCAGUCGUGCUCACUGUUGUGGUUCUUAACUACCACCACAGGACGGCAGACACACACAGAAUGCCGCAGUGGAUCAGUACGCUGUUCCUCAACUGGCUGCCGUGGUUCCUGCGCAUGUCACGGCCCGGCCGCAAGAUCACGCGCAAGACCAUCAUGAUGAACAACAAGAUGAAGGAGCUGGAGCUGAAGGAGCGCUCCUCCAAGUCGCUGCUGGCCAACGUGUUGGACAUGGACGACGACUUCCGGGGCUUGGCGCCCACCGGCGGCUACGGCGGCCUCGAGUACACGCCGUCGAGCGGCUGUGCCGGCACGCACCGCGAGCUGCAGGCACUGCUGCGCGAGCUGCGCUUCAUCACGGCGCGCAUCCGCAAGGACGAUGAGAUCCGCGAGAUUAUCAGUGACUGGAAGUUCGCCGCCAUGGUGGUGGACCGCUUCUGCCUGAUCGUGUUCACGCUGUUCACGGUCGUGGCGACCAUCGCCAUCCUGUUGACUGCGCCGCACAUCCUGGUGGCAUAGGCGACGCGACGGCAGAACGCUCAAGGAACUGGCCACGGCGCGGCGGACGGGCGCGCGGUGAGGCGCGCUCGGCAGGGCCGACGCCAGUGCAGGGGUCUCCGAGAGAACCGGCAUCAGCUUUCGACACGCGCCAUCCGUUUCGACACAUCGUUCAUCCAUUUUGUGCGGUUGGAGUGUGCCGUUAAUGCGUGUUCGCGAGAAGGCGAGUGACUCCCCGGGGGAGGACAAUGUAAUUCACUGUUAAGAAUAUUGUAGGCCAUGUUUGUAGCUGGGUAGCAGACGAUUAUAUGUCAUAGACCUCUGAGCAUAAACUCAUCCCUGUGACGAACCCCGUGGUGCCCUGCCUAAAAUGUGGGAACAUAAUAAUCCGGCAGAUUUCUCCGUUAUGACUCCCGCAUGUAGCGCCCCUUCCGAAGGUGAGCAAUGGUUAGUGAGAACAAUUAGAAACUCUUCAUUGCUAGGUAGAAUAUUCUAACAAAUGAGGUGAUGAUUUAAAGUCAACUUACCUGGACUCUUCUGAUUUUGAUAUACCUCAGAUGAAAUAAGCUGCAUCAUAUCCCUAUUCACCUCUGUCGAUUGCUCAUUCUCGCUUACGAGAUACCAACAACAAUCUUGAAUGUUCUAGGCAGUGCAUUUUUGCUAUUUAUUUUAAUGUCCAUUCAUCUAUCUUCAUUUUGUUAGUUUUUAGGAUUGAGAGUUAAAAAAAACACAAAUGUGACCUUCACAUUUGUUCACAUGCCUACACAUACGGUAUUGACUGAGCAUUGCCCUUUCGGUUGGAGUCACUUCAUGAGUCCGUGUAAGAAAAAAAAUUAGAUGGAAAUUUUGCAUUGCUCGUUUCACCAAUUGCAGUGUGCAUAACACGACCACUCAUGUUUAUUAAGGAUUAACAAAUAACAGAUUGAGCACAUACCUACAUAACCUGGGAGCAUGUGAGCAAAUACUUUGUCAUGUUUUGGAAUAUGCUGAUAAUGACAUGUUUUGAAAGAUGUAAAUGAAGAACGUUUUGGAACACGUCAAUAAUGAAUGUUUUGAAACAUAUCAAUAAUGAGAUGUUCCAAAACAGGACUCUUUUAAUUUCUUCAACUUGCUGUAUCUCUCGAAUAUUUUCAACACGUUUUCCACGCAUGACGCCUGAAAAAAAUGCACAUUAGUGCUGACGCUCUGAAAAAGUAGGAACACGAUCCUGCCAAUCCGCAGCGCGCACCCUGCCCGUCUCUAGACAGAAUAUACUGAACAGACAUUACAUGGUGCAUACUCUAUACGCUCAAUUUGUGCGGCAUUUCACUAGAUCUAGCGCUGCUAUCGUGAACUGUGUACUCAUCGAGUGUUAAAAAUGCGUUUUCUGUCACAGAGUAAGGGUGGGUUUGCGAUCCCAUUCUUCGUCUCCACUUUCAUGCGGUUUUGAUGCGCGCGUUGCGAGCCGGGCCGGCUAGCGCCUCUGGCUGUGGGAGCUUCCCAGAAGAGCGGACCGCCAGGCCCGAGUUGAGCUCAUGCCCGCGACGUGGCUGAACCACAUUGUUUAUGUGUGCUAACGAGGCCCACUUGACUAUUUCAUGUCUCUCAAACGUUGUGCAUGUGUUCUCUGUUUUUGAAAUGAAGACGUUUCUACAACUUG